AUGAUACGCGUUGCAAUUGAAUAUGAUUCUAAGACGAUUAAAUCAGUAUUUGCGGUUGAUGGUAGGUCAUACGGAUUACCAAACGCGGAAAAUAUAUUCCGGGCUAAACGGAUAAACGGUAAUUUACCAAAUAUCAUGAUGCAAAAACGAAAUACGAAAUUAUAAUAAGUAUAUAUUAUAGAUUAAACAAAUGUAAAAUGGAAUAGUUUCCGAAACUACUCGUUCAAUUGUUAUGCAGUUCGUUUUUCGAAUUAUUUAGUAUAUCGUACAGGAGAUUUGAAGCCAUAGAAAUCCCCGAUCGAACCAAUAUUGGUAGUGGACGUAACCUGCAGUGUUUCGGGUUAAAUGCAAAAUAAUAAUUGAUAGGUAUUUUUCAUAACCUAGCAACCAUAUAACUGAUUCAUAUAAGACAGAAAAUAAAACUAAAGAAAACGCAUUUUUAAAAAUUUAAAUCCAAUACCGAUUAACAUGCAGUGAUUAAGAUUUAAAUACGAAUUCCACGGGGAAAGCGUUUUUGUUAGACAUUUGUUUGUUAAGGGCAACGCUGGGCGGUACAGCUAGUUAUUGUAUACGUUUAAAUAAAAGUACAAAUUAUCUAAGAGAGUUUUUAAAAGGAGGUUAUUUAUUUUCAAAAUUAUACCCGUACACCAUAAUACCGUAUAGCUACAGACACUCGUAUGUAUAAAAAAUGAUUCCCGUAAUACGAUAUAGAAAGGUCAGAGAAAGAACAGUAAUUUAAUAGAUGAAGUAUUAUGUAUUAUUUAACCAAUCGCAUGUUGUAAUUGUCCCAAAAGCCUCAUGCGUGCUUCCCUCUUUAAACAGUUAUGUGUCUACUUACUUCGCAGGUAUUUAUACCAAUAAAAGCAUAUUCUACAUAUUUUAUUCGGUACCAAUAUCGUUUCCAUUGUUAUCAAUUUUAUAGGUCAAUUGGGUGGAAUAAAUUAUAAUUGUUAAUAUGAAAUUGUCGACAAUUUUAGACUAAAAUACCGACACGAUUAUUCAGUAGCAUACUAGUACCAGUCGUAAACACAUUUCCAUUAAUCUCAAAUUCGUGUUAUUACACCCAAAAAACAGGUAUGUCCCGUUAUUUGAUGUCAUUUUUUAUGCUGCGAAGUAAAUUAAUUUUUUAAAUGUAAUUUAAUCUUUUAAAUGUUUAAACGAAAAAAUAAAGUAAUAAAAUAAAAUAAGAUUGUUAAUAUUUUAGUUAUUUCUGUACACAAAGCGCGUAUAUUGAAAAGAAAAAAACUAUACUGUACUAGGCUAUGUUUAUAUAUUAAACAUGAUAAUUGUUUAACUCUAUUACAGCGCUAUUUACCACAUUGUUUAUUUUCACAGAUUUAUAAAAAGUGAUAACUGUCAGAUGGAGAAAUUACUGCAGGAUGACAAAAGAAUUGUCUUAAACUUGAAAUUAUUAAAAGGAACCUAUAUGUAUAACUUAUUUGAUCCAAGCGUUUUAAAGAUACGCAAAUGGAACGUUUACUUAAUAUUUGAGGUUAUGCUAUAUAUGGUAACUCAAUGCGUGGUGGCUUACGGAAACUUAGGCUAUUUCUUCGGAAAUGCCUAUUUAUUGGGUCACAUUGAUUUUUGUCUCGUUAUAUUCGUCACGAUACUUUUUUAUCACAUUUUGUUCAUGCUUAUUAGAACUCUGUACAAGAGAAACGAAUAUUGGGACAUGCUUUCCGUCACAAAAUAUAAUUUUUUGACAAGUUAUAUAUGUGUUCGAAAUAACGAAAUACUGGACAAAUACUGCACAAAAACAAUACAAAUUACAAAUUUCUAUUUUUUCUUAUUAUCUAUUGUGAUCGUUCAGUGGAUACUCAAUCCUUUAAUCCUCAAUUUAUUUAUCGGGAACGAAAAAAAUGGAUUGCGCAUGAAAAACAUUAUAAAUUAUCCGUAUCCGGUUGAACUAAAUACGUACAACGAUUAUUAUUUAUUUUUUUACAUGUUAGAAAUAUCGGUAGCGUUUGUAAUUUAUUAUAAUACCUUAGUUGUCGAUUUAUUUUUAAUUUCUCUUUUCUACGCUUUGAUCGGCCAAUAUAAAGUAAUUGCUGAGUCGUUCCGAAGUAUUGGAUUGGAAGAAAAAAUUCAAAAAGGUAAGACAUUUUUACGUAAAUUGUACGUAAAAGAAAUAUUCGUCAAGCCAUAA